UAAAAAAGUAAAACCCCUGUCUCAGGCUUCUCUAGAGACACAGCCCAAAGGCAGUGAAGCAGAUUUCUAGGCCUAAUUAGCUGCCAGGGGCCAAUCAAAGGAAGCCAAUCAUGGGAUAGCAGAGCCCCCUGAAAGCCCACAUCAGGGACUGGUGAUCUCACCAUUAUCACCUGACUCUGCACAGAGUGGCCUAGUGCCUGUGGGGAGUAUCAGUGAGGUGAUUAUCAGAAAACUCUGUGUCUGUGUGUCCCCAUCCAUCUCCUCCUCCUUCUCUCCCAGGUUCUGGCUGCAGAGUGAAAGGUUUGCCCUGUAGCUAAGGUGCUAAGUUAGUCUGCACAGAUCCAAGUUUUGCUCUGGGUGAAGUCAGGAGCCAUGGCCACAGACAACCCCGUGGAAAGUCUCCAGGAGGAAGCUACAUGCCCCAUUUGUCUGGAGUAUUUUAAGGACCCGGUGAUUAUAGACUGUGGGCACAAUUUCUGCCGAGCCUGCAUCGCCCAGUGCUGGGAGGGAUCAAAUACAGAUGUCUCCUGCCCUCAGUGCAGAGAAACUGUGCAACAGGGAAACCUCAGGCCGAACAGGCGGCUGGCAAAUGUUGUAGAAAUAGCCAAACUGCUGAGUUUACAGGCAGCAAAGGGAGCAGGAGAGGAGAGGGUGUGUGGGGAACACCAGGAGACUCUGAAACUGUUCUGUGAAGAGGAUCAAACUUCUGUCUGUGUGGUUUGCCAUCUGUCCCGGGAUCACAGGGUGGUUCCCAUAAAGGAGGCUGCCCAGGAGUACAAGGAGAAACUCCAGGGAGCCCUGGGCCCUCUGAGGAAGGAGCUGGAAGAGGUUCUGGCCCUGACGUCUAAAGAGGAGAAGAAAACCACAGAGUGGCAGAGCAAAGUGAAGAACAAGAGAGAGAUGAUUGCAGGUGAAUUUAGCAAACUGCACACACUGCUGAGAGAGGAGGAGCAGCUGCUUCUGCAGAGCCUGGAGGAGGAGGAGAGGGAGACUCUGCAGAGACUAAGGGAAAAUGUAACCAAACUCUCCCAGCAAAGCUCCUCUCUGCAGCAGUUGAUCACAGAGAUGGAGGAGAAGUGUCAGCAACCAGUUGUGGAGCUGCUAAAGGAUGUGAAAAGCACAUUGAACAGGAGUGAGAAUGUGAAACUCCAGGAACCAGAAGCUGUUUCUACUGACCUGAAGAACGUGUAUAAAGUUUCCCUUGACAUGAGGGAAGCGCUGCAGAGAUUUGGAGUGGACGUGACUCUGGAUCCAGACACGGCAAAUCCCAACCUCGUCCUGUCUGAGGAUCGGAAACAUGUGAGACACAGAGACAAACGCCAGGAUCUGCCCGACAACCCCGAGAGAUUUGAUAGAUAUGCCAUUGUCCUGGGUGCUGAGGGGUUCGCGAGUGGGAGGCGUUACUGGGAGGUGGAGGUAGGAGACAAGACAGGCUGGGACCUGGGGGGUUGUAUGGAAUCUCUGAGCAGGAAGGGGUGUUAGACAAAAGGGCCAGAUAUAUGCUUAAGCCAAAUAAGGCCAGAUAUAUGCUUAAGCUAAAUAUAUGCUCAGGCAUUUGUCAUCUUCCCCUCCUGUUUUUCCAGUUGCUACCCCCGUCCAAAGUUUCAUGGACACAAGAUAUAUAUAUAAUGUAUACCAAAAAUGGGAAUGAGUUAAACAAAUGUUCCACGACCAUGGAAAAGGAAUAUGAGGAGGGGGUAAGGGGGAACAGAUGCUUCCUAAUUAUUACCAGGCACAAAUGAAAAGAAUGCAUAGGUUAGCAGAAUUUGACAUGCGAAUCGAAGGUAUAAAAGGACCUGUCUCGGACCUGUAUAGUGUGCUCCUUUCUCAGGCACGAGCCGAGAAGGACACCCGCUCAGCUGACCGAAUAAAGAAUCUGGUAACCGUC